GACGAAUCAGAAGCAGGCAGGGGCGUUCCAGACAACUCUCCAAUAUUCCCACGUGAUUCUCGACGGCAGUUCCAGAGCAGGCGGCUGAGACGAUGGAUCGUACGGCGUGGUUGUGCGUUGUCUUGGCGACAGGCGUCCUCUGCCUGAGCUUGGCGCCGGCGUGUGGAGCCCACGACCAUGACGAAGACGUCCUGGACGAUGACCUGGACCUGGACCUGGAGGGAGGCGACGAGGAGCUGGAGCACGACCACGAUGCCCCGGCGCCUCCCAAAACACCGCCUACUCCCACUGUGACCUACAAAGCUCCGGAGCCAAUGGGAGAACACUACUUUGCUGAAUCUUUUGACCGCGGAACGUUGGACAGCUGGGUGCUAUCCAGUGCCAAGAAGGACGACACCGAUGAGGACAUCGCCAAGUACGAUGGCAAGUGGGAGGUGGAGGAGAUGAAGGACAGCAAGCUACCCGGCGAUAAGGGUCUGGUCCUUAAGUCGCGAGCCAAACAUCACGCCAUCUCCGCCCUGCUCCUGCGACCAUUCACUUUUGACACCAUGCCGCUCAUUGUUCAGUACGAAGUGAACUUCCAGGCCGGCAUCGACUGCGGCGGUGCUUACGUCAAGUUGCUCACUCAGGCGCCUGAACUGGACCUGUCCCAGUUUGUGGACAAGACGUCGUACACCAUCAUGUUUGGACCAGACAAGUGCGGUGAGGACUACAAACUGCACUUCAUCUUCAGACACAAGAAUCCCAAGACGGGCCAAUACGAGGAGAAACAUGCCAAGAAGCCCGAUGCUGACCUGCGCACAUACUACACCGACAAGAAGACACACCUUUACACUCUUGUGCUGAACCCCGAUAACACGUUUGAGAUCCUGGUGGACCAAACGGUGGUGAACAGCGGCAACCUGCUGACUGACAUGACCCCCCCAGUCAACCCUCCCGCUGAGAUCGAGGACCCUGACGACCAAAAGCCCGAAGAUUGGGACGAGAGGCCCAAGAUACAGGACCCAGAUGCCACCAAACCUGAAGACUGGGACGAGGACGCUCCCGCUCAGAUUCUCGACGAGGAUGCCGUCAAACCCGACGGCUGGUUGGACGAUGAGCCUGAGUACAUCGGAGACCCAGAUGCGGUCAAGCCCGAGGACUGGGAUGAGGACAUGGACGGCGAGUGGGAGGCGCCUCAGAUCCCCAACCCGGCCUGCGAGGCGGCGCCUGGCUGCGGCAUCUGGAAGCGCCCCACUAUCGAAAACCCCGACUACAAGGGCAAGUGGAAGGCGCCCAUGAUCGACAACCCCAACUACCAGGGCGUGUGGAAGCCACGCAAGAUUGCCAACCCAGACUUCUUCGAAGACCAGCACCCAUUCCGGAUGAGCGCCAUCAGCGCCGUGGGACUGGAGCUGUGGUCCAUGACGUCCGACAUCUUCUUCGACAACUUCCUGGUCACUGACGACCGCAAUGUGGCGGAGCGCUGGGCCAACGACGGCUGGGGCCUCAAGAAGGCGGCUGAGGGCGCUGCUGAGCCAGGUCUGGCGGCUCAGAUGAUGAAUGCGGCAGAGGAGCGUCCUUGGCUUUGGGUCGUCUAUGUGCUGACCGUGGCUUUGCCACUCAUACUCAUCGUCGUCUUUUGCUGCACCGGAAAGAAGAAGAGCGAGGCCCCGGCCGCCGCGGACUACAAGAAAACAGACGAGCCUCAGCCUGACGUGAAGGGGGCCGAAGAGGAGAUCAAAGAGGAGACCAAAGAGGCGGACAAGAGCAGCCCAGACGGUGAGUGUGACGGCGAAGGUGUGCAGGAGGAGGCCAACGAUGAAACUCCUGCCGACGAAGAUGAUGUGGAAGGCGACCAGGAGGUAGAGGAGAAGGAGGCGUCAGCUGAGGAGAAGCUGGAGGAUGACAUACUGCGGAGAUCUCCCAGGAACAGGAAGGUCAGAAAGGACUGAUCAGUCUCAACCUGGAGUCCACCCCCCUCCCUGUGCCCUUCCCUCAUCUUUGGCCGCUCUGCCUUCACUCGGAAGCGGGCGGAAAAAGAAUGAAAGCGAAAAGCGCAGAUGAUUCCAGCGCCGGCAGGACUGACUUAGAUGUAAGGUUUUUUUUGUUUGUUUUUGUUAUUUUAAAGAGAUUAUACAAGUCCAUUGCAUCUUCCUGCAUCAUUCCGAAACAAAAUAUGAGAGCGAACUCCAACCCAAUGCACUGGCGGAUGGCCAAUCAGACGACACCGAGAGGAUGUCACACACUUGCUAAUCAGCCUCAUUUGCGUUGAAACGGUGAAUCAAAACCAACAGUCUGUGGAAUGUAAUUUGGUAGUUUAGCCACUGGCAACCAUUUCUUAUGAUUGGCAUGUAUUUGACAUGAGAAAAAAAAAACUACUUGCAAAAGGUACUUCCACAGUUUAAUUGUUCCUCCUGCCAAGCAGUGAAAGAGCAUGUCAUUGUUGUUCCUGACACUAAAGGUCACUGGCAUAGAUGGGUGAACAAAACAUAUUAUGUAGAGUAACUCACCGUUUUCAUGAUUUCGCUCGUUUAAUUUUCAUUUCACCACAAUUGAGGAAAUUGAAACGAUAGGUCGCCAUCUCCUUCUCCUUUACAUUGAUGACAUCACUUCUUGUCACAUAAUUGAGGAAAUUGAAACGAUAGGUCGCCAUCUCCUCCUUUACAUUGAUGACAUCACUUCUUGUCACACGUAAAUCCAUCAUGAGAUUGCAACGAAAUCUGAGGGUUGAUGGAUAACAUUUCUAUUUUCUGGUUUGAAUUUUUUGUUUUGUUUUAAUUAUUUGAUCGAAUCCUUCAACGUAGCUCUGCACUGAACAGGAAGUGGCUGAGUGUGGCAUAUCAUGUUUUGAGGCGUCGCUCUGUCCGUGCAUCUAUUUCAUUAGCUAUUUAGCUUAGCCCGAGCCAUGGAACUUGAGUCGGGUCCCCCCCCACCCCCCUUUUUUAAUUUUAUUUUGUGUUUGUAUUCGGCUACUUAUUCCCUAUACGUAGUGGAAAUUUUACGAACUAUUUAGGUUUGCAAAAUAAGCAUCCCGAUAUAGUGAAUAGGUAGUGGGGAAUGAUUUUGAACACAUUCGCUACAUUUGCAUUCAUUCACUCAUUCCUGACUACCUAAUCUUGAUAUCAUGAUUAUAUAAGGGACCGUGGUAGUUCCGAAAGUCUUUUGGUCCAUGGCGUCAUUGUCGCCAUCAUGGUGAUAUCUCCUGCUAACACACUGUAUGUCAGGUCCACUCGCUAAAUGCUGCUUGGUUUUUUUUUUUUUGGAUUUUUUUUAGUUUUAGCUUUUUGUGUUGAAACUAAAGCGUUGGCCCAGCCUCUUCCUGGGCUGUACAUGCAGCGUGGCGAGCGAGAUGCCGCCAGAAAGGUCCAACUUUGACUAGAAAUACUGUGACAGACGCUGAUGUGUGUUUUGAUGAAUAAAAAGGCCAAAUGGAAC